AUGGCCACGACCGUCGUCCACACCAGGCACGAGCUUCAGGAUGUUUCUGGUCUCGAUGCUGGAAAGCAGCCUGUCCAUGCUCCAUCUGAUCCAACAUCAGGCGCACCGUCGAGCAUGAUGUGCGACCCACCAGAGCAUGCUGUGUCGGCCCUCGAGCGCUGGAACGGCUCACGGGCUAACAUCUUCAAGACCUGCUCGACUUUCUUCGGCUUCAUCAUUAUGGGUGCCAACGAUGCAGCCUAUGGUGCGAUCCUUCCAUACCUACAAAGAUACUACAACACGUCGUAUACAAUCGUAUCUCUGGUCUUCCUCUCACCAUUUGUCGGCUACAUCGCCGCCGCAGGCACCAAUAAUCUGCUCCACAAGACCGUUGGGCAACGCGGAGUGGCCCUGAUCGGGCCUAGCGCACACCUCGUCGCCUACAUCGUCAUCUGUCUGCACCCACCUUAUCCAGUGCUGGUGGUGGUCUUCAUCCUGGCAGGAUACGGAAAUGGCAUCCUUGACGCUGCCUGGAAUGCUUGGAUGGGGAAUCUGUCGAACCCAAACGAGCUGCUUGGCUUCCUGCAUGGCUUCUACGGUCUCGGCGCCGUCAUCUCACCACUCGUGGCGACUACGAUGAUUACCCAAGGAGGCCUCCAGUGGUACUCUUUCUACUACAUUAUGAUUGGUGGAGCUGCCAUCGAGCUGGCUACAUCGACCGCGGCCUUCUGGCGCGAGACUGGUCAUCGCUUCCGUGCCGCUAUGACCGAUGAUGCCGUCCGAGGUGCUACCCGUGCUGCUCUCAAGACUCGCGUGGCUUGGGUGAGCGCCAUCUUCUUACUCAUCUAUGUCGGGAUCGAGGUUGCUCUCGGAGGUUGGAUCGUCGAGUUCAUGAUCCAGGUUCGGGACGGAAAGCCUUUUGAGUCGGGGCUGGUUGCGACCGGUUUCUGGCUAGGAAUUACCGUUGGCCGAGUAAUCCUAGGCUUCAUCACUCCUCGACUCGGCGAGAAUCUCGCCAUCUUCCUCUACCUUGUCUUUGCUGGCGUCAUGCAGCUACUAUUCUGGCUCGUCCCACAAUUCAUCGUAUCUUCUAUAGCAGCAGGUUUCGUGGGCUUCUUCCUCGGACCUCUGUUCCCAGCCGUCGUGGUCGCAACGACCAAGCUUCUUCCAGCACACCUACACGUCGCCACUAUUGGCUUCGCAGCGGCAUUUGGCGGCGGUGGAGCAUGUAUCUUGCCGUUCGCCGUCGGCGCCAUCGCUCAGAAGGCCGGCGUCCGGGUUCUGCAGCCGAUCAUCCUUGCGAUGCUCGGUCUGGCGUUGUUCUUGUGGACACUGGGGAUGCCGAAGAUAGGCGCUAAGGAUGCUGGAAAGGACGGGAAGCUCGAGAAGGCUAAAGGGGCAGCCACCAAAGUGUUCUAUGGGUGUUUCUCUGCAAGGCUGUAG